AUGGUUACAAGUCACCCUCAGCCUGAGGUGGUAAAUCUUUGGGAGAAGUGGUACGCGACCAAAGGAACAACUGAAGCUUAUGAAUGGUUCCGGCCGAAAGGUGUUCGCAAGUUCUGGCCAAGCUUCGUUUGGAAGGAUUUCGUGCCCCCAAAGUUCUCUUUCACAACCUGGCAAGCUAUCAAAGGUCGUUUAGCAACACGCGACCGGCUAGGUUACUUGAACGAAGACCAGCACUGCCCCCUGUGCUUGGUAAACCCUGAGUCCGCCAACCAUCUCUUUUUCAACUACCCACAAACAAGGCUGGUGUGGCAUGAGAUUAAAACCUGGCUGGGUAUGAGAAGAUUGAUGAGCUCCAUUCAAAUUGCAAUCAAAUGGAUUACCAAGGAGCGACACGGAGCAACAAUUAUGCGAAAUGCUAGGAGACUGGCCCUUAUGACGACCGUGAGCCUUAUCUGGAGAGCUCGCAAUGCACUCAUACAUGAUGGGACCACCUUUGAACCAAGACACAUCGUGUUCGAAGUCAAGAAGAUCACAUAUGCCACCUUGUACUCAAGCUUCCCGCAUGAGCUCGUACAACAUUUUCUAGGAACGUGA